AUGCAUCGAACUGUAGCAGCGCGAUGCUUGAAUCGAAGUCUCAGCGGUAGAACUCUACCGUCGAGUGCCAGAGCUCUCUGUUCAUACCCUGUCACCUCAAGACUUUCUCCCACCUCAUUGAAGGCAAAGAUCAGACCUUUAGCCUUAGCCACCUCACCAUGUCAAACCCGACAAAGUCAUAAAAUUACUUCGCAACAUGUGUCUGAAGAUUCAGCAACUCUGGGUCCCCAAGAUCCAGGAAAGCUCAAUCGAAGACUGCCGAUCAACUGCAGUGGUUGUGGAGCGUUCUCCCAAACAAGUGAUCCCAAAGAGCUAGGAUUCUUCGAUCUCACAAGCAAAAGGGUACAAAACUGGUUGCAUCCGAAGAAGAAUCAAGAGAGAGAGAUCUCGGAAACGGAAGAGGAUCUGGUUAUAUCCGAGGCGCUGAAGUCACUAGGCAGCGAUCAGCUCGAGGCUCUAGGCUUAGACCGGAGCUCGUUCAUAUCGGACGAGGUGCAACCUACGAAGCCAGUAACCGAUGACAAGCAGCCCGUCUGUGAUCGCUGUCAUGACCUCACACACCAUGGAAGUUCAGGUGCAGCGGCGGCAGUGCCCAUGUUCCAUCCCACCGUCGACUCUUUGCGCGAGACGAUCGAGGAGUCGCCAUUCAAAUACAACCACAUCUACCACGUGAUAGAUGCCGCUGAUUUCCCCAUGUCUCUUAUCCCUCGCCUCAAUGUUCUGCUCGGCGACAUCCCCUUGCGAACCCGAAACCGUCGGUCGCGCUCUGCCAAGUACAUCAGAGAUCGCAAAAUUGAUCUGAGCUUCAUCAUCACACGCGGAGACCUUCUUGGACCAACGAAGGAGAAUGUGGACAGGAACAUGCCAUAUCUCCGAGAGGUGCUGCGAGAGGCUCUCGGUAGAGUAGGCCACCGAAUCCGUCUCGGAAAUGUCAGUUGUGUCAGCGCGAAACGGGGAUGGUGGACAAAUAAAGUAAGGGAAGAGAUAUGGUCCCGCGGAGGGGCCAACUGGAUGGUCGGCAAAGUCAACGUCGGUAAAAGUCAGCUUUUCGAGGCAGUAUACCCGAAAGGCAGGGUGGUUGACCAAGCGGCCCUCAGAGAUACGGUUGUGUCGAUGUACCCCCGAGAUACUCCCCAAGACCAGGAGAUCUUUGAAGAUGAGGAGGAGGAUCGUUAUAAGAACUUGAAUAUCGCCAAGCUCCUCCCUCCAGCCCAGCCUCUCAAGCAGUACCCCGAGAUGCCCAUGGUGUCAUCGCUCCCCGGCACCACUGCAUCUCCAAUUCGGAUACCCUUUGGUAACGGGAAGGGAGAGUUGGUUGAUCUUCCGGGCCUUGCUCGCGGUGACCUGGAGCUGUUUGUGAAGCCAGAGCAUCGCCAAGGGUUGAUCAUGAAGAGUCGCAUUGUUCCGGAGCAGGUGAAUGUCAAACCUGACAACUCCCUGCUCCUUGGUGGCGGGCUCAUUCGCAUCACGCCCCGAACACCUGGUUUGACCUUCUUAAUGUACAACUUUACGCCAUUAAAGGAGCAUUUGACCAACAAUGAGAAAGCGGUGGAAUUUCAAACCCAGACCAGAGUAUCUCCUGGAGUGGAGAACAUAACACUUCCGGGUGUGGGCGAGAAGAUGCAGCAUGCUGGAAGCUUCAAAUUGCGUUAUGAUGUGACGAGAAGAAGAGCCGGCCCCUUGACAAACAAGGAUGCAGUUGGGCUGAAGGUUGAGCAGCUCCCCUUCCGUGUCCUCUCCCUGGAUAUUCUUAUUGAGGGCGUGGGAUAUGUCGAGGUCGUAGCUCAGAUGCAUGCCAAGGCGCUCGAGCCACCAAGGAAUCGCGACUUCACAACUUCUCGGCCGAUUCAAGAACCCGCAAAGCAGGAGACUUCGAGUAGCGGGCAAAAUUCAUCCGAUGAUCCCUUCGAACGGAUGAUGGAACAACGGCGCGGCUCAGGCAGCGAGCCUCCAGUUGUGCCACGGCCGAAAACUAAUCCCAUGCCGGAGCCGGAGCCAGAGCGGGAACUGUAUGAGCCUCCUUGGCCUGUGGUCGAUGUCUUUACCCCUGAGGGACGCUUUGUGGGAUCAAGGAAGCCAAUUGAGGGAUGGCUCAACAACAAGCCAUUAUUAAAGGCAAAGCAUAAGAGGGGCCGUCCUCGAAGAAGUAUGAAGGGACAGAAGAAGAAAGAAAAGACAGAAUUGAGAGCAUACGACUAG